CAUGUCCAUGCCACAACCUGCAAACACAAUUACACUGACACGAACAGACAAGAUGGAUACCCAAGGAGACAUCAACAUGGCGAGGGAGCUCCAGGCGGAGUUCGAGCGGCAAAAAGCACCAGAAAGAAAGCGUCGACGCAGGAAUCGCAGCAAUCCGCCAAUGAAUACCUAUCAUCAGCAAGACAUGCGCAAGCAUCAUAAGCGCAACAGAAACCAGCCUCAAUUGCAUUCUUCUGUUGUCCGGCCUCCCCGCCUAGCAUGGAAGGGAGAACUUGUGACGAAUGAUUCACCAGGAUGCAGAUAUGUUUUUUCAACGCUCCGGGCAGAUCUCCCCUCCGACAACGACAACAAGUAUUUGCGCUAGAAGUAUAACUCCUGCCAUCCAGACUGUUCAGAAUCCAAUGCUUGCUCCCUCAAGCCUGGAUAAGGCAUCCUAUCAUCAUGCCUCAGUCGAGGUUGCAUUGGGGAUGCACCAGAUACCCAAUGAAACCUCUUCCCAUGUGUUUCCCAAGACAACACAAUCGACAUUUCUGCCUCCCGUACACCAAAAUACAUUUUGUUAUACAGAGAAAGCAAAAGAGAAUGAUAUUAUGGAUUUGGACAAUUCUGACUAUGCGUCAACGGCAACAUUCAAUUCCAUGGUCACAAGCACAGUAAAGAAAGGACUUGCUGAAUCUAUAUGGAAUCCCGCAAACCGCAAAGUGAGGGCCGACUCGGUUAGCAGUAGCCAGUCCUUACAACCCCCACGGAGUACUACGGGAGAAGCUCCAAUAGUUUUUAGUGGUCUUACAAAGGGGCCCGGUCUCCAAGCCUCCCGAUGGUCUGAUGGGGUUUAAACUGCAUAGCCCGGCGUUACCCAGCAUCAUGUUAUGACUUACCAUAAAGUCUUUCGAAAGACUGUUUUAUAGGUUCUUUGGUUGCCUAUGCCAGUCUUUCCCGAUCUAGAAUAUGCUCGGCUACCCAUCGUUUGGAAUCUUUCUGUGUUAGCAUUGGGCGCCAA